GUGAUGGUCGCAGAGGACAAAAGCGAUUCAAAAGCACGUGUUUUUGGGCCAGGGUUAGAGGGUGGUGUCGCCAAUUUACCGUGUGUUUUUUUGGUUGAGCUGAAUGGAGCUCUUUUUCGACUGCUUGCAAAACUGAAAUUUUCGAAUAAUUUUGGCAUACUUCUUGUAGACGUUGAUCUCAGAAAGGAUGCUGCGAUGGCAGACGGAAAUGGUACUGCGGCACCGGAAGUAACUCUCGUGGACAAUGAAGACGGAACUGUCACUGGACAUUUCACUCCAACAGAACCGGGAAUUUAUAUACUGAAAGUGCGUUUGGCUGGUGAACACAUGCUUGGUUCGCCGUUCGUUAUGCAGGUACAGCCGGCGAACAACAAUCUGAAAUUGUCUGAUAUGAAAAUUUCGGGAGUGGAACGCAAAAUCGCAGCAGACAAAGGCAGUAAAAUGAAAUUCAACAUCGAGAUCCCGACACAUGCGACAGCAGCGCGUAUGGUACCGCAAAUUAAAGCACUUGACGACAGUUACGCGAAAGCAGAUAUUGUAUUGUCACAGAAAAAGCCAGGAUUGUUUGAAUGUCGUUUUGUUCUAAGCAAACCCGGUCGGUAUUAUUUCAUGCCAUCACUUGGUGGUGUUGCUUUUCCGGGAUCACCGUUUGUGGUUCGUUCAUUUUAA